AAUUUUGAAACGGAGGGAAGUAUGCGACAAGAAAGAAAAUAAAAAUAACCGUAAACAAAAUCGUCGAGAUGUACAUUUGGCCAAUCUCCAAUCCAAAUAGGAAUUUAGUUAAUAGACUUAUUUGGUUAAGGACUUGGUCGUGUAAUAUAUACAUAUAUAUCUAUACUAGUAUUUUGGAAUUAUCAAAAGAUACAAAACCUAGCAAAUACGUUCAUCUUUUUAACCUCUCUAAGUCGCGACCUGCAUCGCCGAUUUCCACAAGAUCCGAUCUCCCGGCUGAGAAAGAUGGGGAGCACGUCAUCGAGGAGGGAUCCAGAGAUGUGCAGUUUGCGAGACGACGAAUUUCCGUGGGAAUUAUUGGGCUCCAUGGUUGAGGAGGAGGACAAAGAGACAGAUCACCUGAUACAACCGAUUUUGGAAGGUGCUGUAGAACGGGCGAGGAGGGAGCUCCACGCUUUAUUCCCGUCUAAAUUGGGAAACUCAUCAUCAACUGAUGUUCCAAAAGAAGGAUGCACAGAGAAGGAAGACGAUGAAUUAAUUGCACGGUUUAGCCAGUUCAUGAAAGGAGGUGCUUGCAAAGAAGUAUACACGGCUUUUGAAGAUUGUUUUGAGAAAACUGAUAACAUCUAUAAGUGUCCUGCUAAAUACUCGCCAUUGCUGAUCAAGUGCGUGGACGCUCACUCCGAAUACUAUCAGCCCAUUAUUGCGCUGGCAGAAUGUACUGUGGAACAGUUCACCAAGGAGGUCAAAGCCUUAGAACUCGCUCCGACAAAGCAACCAGAGAGAUUGAAUACUACCAGCCCAUUAUUGCGAUGGAGGAAUAUGCUGUUGAACGGUUCGCGAGGAAGAAGCAAGCCAAGGGAUAACUGAGAGGAGUUUGGUAAAUUUUUCUUGUUUAUAGGAAUAAUUCAUCAGUGUUGGAUUUCGGAAUAAAUUAAUUGUUCCUUCGUUUUUAGAUUCCUACUUUAUAAAACUUGUCGGAUUUCUUCUUUAGAUAUGA